GUUCCGAUGAGGCAGAGCGCACUUGUCUGUGUGUUUUGUGUUGACACUAGCGGGGUAUGCGGCGAUGAUCUUGCGUGUGAAAACGUCUGCAGCGGUUUCGGAGCAGCUACGGACACAUUUCGCGUUGGACGAGAGAGGAAGAGGGCAAAGACGAUCGAGCGGCAUCAGCAGGAGAAAAACAGCAUCUCAUAGUCCAUCGCGCCGCUGCAGCGACCGUAGCGGCCCGUCGAUUCUCAGAGGAAGCCAGGAGCUGGAUUUGACAUGUCGCAGGGAUGUGCUGAGAGCCUGAUGAUGACAGGAGGAGGAGCAGGAGAGACGUGGAGCGAGGCUUUGCUGCUCCCUGAUAGGUUUUAAUCAGACAAGAACAGCUGUUUUGUGUCAGAAGGUGAUGGCAGUGCUGACCGAGCUUCACCACUACUAUCACCCAUUCCUAAAAAUGGACGCCCACCUCCAGAGCACCUGAGUCCACAUUUAGUGCUCCUUUCUUCCCCUCCCUCUCCUUCUGCCUUUCCUUGCUCAUUCUCCACCUCUUCCACAACCCCCACCUCACUCAACUGCAAUACUUUCCCCUCAUCUCCUCCCAUCUCUCCACUCUGUUUCCCUGAAUAAUGGCGUACUGUGGGCGCUCUCUGGACUCUCCGUGCACGUUAGCCUUGCUGAUAGGCUUCCAGUUUGCCUUUGUGCUCUAUUUCUCCCUUGGGGGCUUCAGAGGCCUGGUGUCUGUCCUGGUGCACACCACAGAGCCCGAGUUUGAUUACUCUCGACCACAUGAUGUAUACACCAACCUCAGUCAUCUGGGAGUACCGCCUCCCCCGCCUCGCAACUCUGGCACUGGACCCCCUGCCACCGGCCCACCACUAAGAGACUGCCAGAUCCCUUCUCCAUUGCUGGUUGGACCCGUGUCCGUCCAUCUUUCAUCUCCUCUGUCUCUGGAGGAGAUCAGACAAAGAAACCCACUAGUGUUGCCAGGUGGACGCUACCGGCCUCCAGACUGUGAACCACGCCACCACACAGCAAUAGUGGUGCCGUACCGAAACCGCCAGAGCCACCUCCGUGCCCUCCUCUACCACCUCCACCCCUUCUUGCAGAGACAGCAGAUACACUACAGCAUCUACAUAGUGCAGCAGGUCAGGUUGCCAUACUCACAGUAUUUUGGCGGGGUAUCUGCGGUGACCCCGGACCAGUACAUGAAGAUGAACGGCUUCCCUAACCAGUACUGGGGUUGGGGCGGGGAGGAUGACGACAUUGCUGCCAGAGUGCGUCUGUCUGGCAUGAAGAUUGUGCGCCCUCCAGUGGCCAUUGGCCAUUACAAGAUGAUCAAGCAUAAAGGAGACAGAGGCAAUGAGCAAAACCCACGCAGGUUUGACCUUUUGAAGAGGACCAGGCUCAACUGGCGCUCUGACGGCCUUAACUCUUUGACCUAUGAGCUGCUUUCCAAAGAGCUUGAGCCGCUGUACACCAACCUGACCGUCAACAUUGGAGAAGACCCCCAUCUGGCCCUGGGCAGGGUCCCCAUUCCUGUGAAAGCAACAACCCCUGCCCACCGACGUAGCACCAGCAAGACAGGAGACCCAUUCAAACAGGGAAAGAGGCAAGAAGUGCCAGCAAAUGUGACUGUGGCCAAGACAGAAGCUGGUCAGUCAAAGACAGCCAAUCAAAUAACGCAGCAGAAGAAGAUGAAAUGAGACUAGGUGCAUGUGAACCUGUAGCUUCCCUUUUCAGUUUGAUCUGAAAGACAAAAAGCAGCGUAGAUCUGUUCUGUCGUGGGACUUUUAAGUGCAGCAGCUUUUUGUGCUCAGUGUAGGUUCGGGGUCAUUGGGGGUAAUUACACCACGGAUCAAAUGAAGAAGACGGUGUUGUCAACAGGGUGAAGAACACUUCUGAGUCACCUCGUCUCGGCUCAUCAUCUGCUGGCUGUGGUGGCUGACACGUCUGUGGCCGUGCUCGUGGCAGAACCAGGAGACAGACGAUGGGCGAUUCAGUCAUACGCAGAGGUUCAAAACAAACGGUGAAAAGGAGACAGCAGAUAUAAAACCUCUGCACACAGACUCGUCUGUUGCAGGCAGACCUGUGGCUUCGUCCAGUCUGCUGCUGUCUGUCCACGCCACUCUGCAGUGGGUUUGUGUUUCUGUGCCUUCUCUCUUUUAUGCGCAUUUUAUAGACUGGCAUAGCUGCUUUUAGAUGCCCACACAAGCUUAGUUUGACCUCUUCGCCACACGGGGAGACGUAGAAGGCAGGGAUGACGACGCUGACCCGGGAUCAGAGAAAAUUUGUUCAGAACUGCCAUUUUAUAUUUGUGUGCACUGAUCAAACGCAGACCAACUCGGUAGAUAUGGGACGAUUCUAGAGUUUAUAUUUAUAUAGAGAGACUUCUUUAUUUGUUUACCGUUUGGUUUUACAUGUCCUACCUUACGUCUGGUGCCUCGCUCUCUCUCUGACAUUUAGUUCAUAGACAAUCAAACUACAUGGAUGAUCGCUCUGUAUUCAGCCACAUAACAAAAUGAGGAAGUCCUAUCAUGUCAGAUAAACAGACUCGUCAUGGUGUUCGUCGUCUAGUUUGACUAUACUCUCAACACAUGGACAGACCUGUGCUUCUGAUGUUAUCUGUGAUUGAUUAUUUUUCUUUAGAUUAGUCAAGUAUGGUUAAAAAUAACAAACUCGCAGACGACACUUACAGCGUGUGACUUUCAGAUGGUGUUUAAUAUCUGAAGUGGUCGUGGUUACACUGCAGCACUGUGGAUAGAUUUAGGUCAGUGUUUGAUUAGAAGCCCUGACGCAUUCGUGGGCAAUAUAAAUGGAUGUUUCUUUGCUGUAUUGAUUCCCUGAAACGAAGCUUCUGUGUCUUGACGGGGAGACGAGCCGGUAGGGCAAUGUGCUUUAUGUAAUCACGGUCGGAGGGCUGCCAAAUCAGGACAUGCAUGUAGGUCAUUUUUUGUUGAUCACGUAUAAUCUGAAAGCAUCAAAUAUUUUUUUCUCUGUUAAUUUGUAAUGUUUUAUUUCCAGAGCUCGUCUCUGUUGACCUUAUGUGAGGGCAGAGUUCAUGAGGGGAGUUUACUGAUGAAGGACGAGAGUCUGAUUCAUUCAUGGGCGACAGGAUUUCUUGCUGCUAAUUGACGAGGAAAACUGUACAAUUACAAAUAGCUUAAAAUGACAUACUGUAACUCUACAUAAUGUAUUACUGAAGCGAAUUUGAAUGUAUUUAAUUCAUUGUGUAAGUACUGAGUCACUGAUAGUCAUGUGCAGACCUCUGAAGGGAUCUUGUGGUGCAGAUGUGUGAAACACUCUCCGCUGCAGAUCAGAUGAUCAUUCCUUUACAUCACAUCUCCACGUUUCUCACAUUUACAUCGUGCCUCUGAAAUGAGCCACUGAACUGUUAAAGGUAUGCUGCUGGAUUUUAUGUGAGCUCCCUCAAGUGGCAAAGUCGGGCAUAGCGCCAGCCGAGAGGGAAGCAAGGACUGAAUGAAACUGCAGAGUUGUGACAUGAAUGUUAAUCAUUCGCGGUCGCCAUUCACAGUUUUAAACCAAUCAAAUCUUUGCAUUUCGAAGUAUCACGUGACUGAUCCUGCUGGUUUCAGAGGGUAAAGUAACAGACAGCUUUGUGCAUCAUAAUCAAAGAAUCUUUGUUUAUUUUGAAAUAAUGUUUUAAGCAAAGAAUGUUAUAUAAAGGCUGCAUUGAGAGAAUACUUAGAAUAAAUAGCAUCUAAUUUCUUAGCUUUAUAAACAUGGUUAUAUAUCAUAAUAUUAUCCUCCAUAUAUCAUAUUAUCUGGGAGCAAAUCCUGUAUGACAUGUAACAGUGACACACUGGAAGCUUUUAAGGACAUUAUGUGGCAUAAUCUCAGCUGGAUUAAUCAGCGAACUAUGUGCUUACCUGGAGACUGUUCUAUAUUUAAUAAAUAGGCUAGUUUUUAUAAACAUUUUCGCAUACGUGUUGGAAAUAUAUAUUGUUGGAAAGCAAAGUCAGUAAACAGCAUUUAGAUUUCAUAGCAACAGUUUCUGUUUAUUUGUUAUUCACGAAGUUGUUGAAGUUUAAAUGAUGAGACUCACUCAGCCGGACAGACGAGACGUUUGCGCUCUCGUGACAAACGGCGAGAGCAGUGACGCUGAUGCCCGUCUGCAAUGGAGGUUGCCUUAUAUACCGAUGUUAUCUUGAAGAUGAAAGUGUGUAUGUGUGUAUGUGUGCACGCCGUGUGUCAGUGUAGAACACAGUCAGCAAAAAAGGCAACGCACGCAUAUGAUGGACAGUGUUGUGAUAGCGAGCAAAUAUGUAUUCCAAUAAAAAACUAAAUCAAA